AUAAACACACUUUCGUGCUCCUCGAAGUUUCGAACGAAAAUCCCAAUACUGAGACACAAAACACCUCUUCCGAGUAACAUACAGCGAAGAGCUCUCUCUCUCUCUCUCUCUCUCUCUCUCUGUAAAAGCCCUCUAAAAUCUCAGCUCUUCAAGAUGAGUACCAUGAAGUUUUGCCGCGAAUGCAACAACAUUCUCUACCCUAAGGAAGACAAGGAGCAGAAAAUCCUCCUUUACGCUUGCCGCAAUUGCGAUCACCAGGAGGUUGCCGAUAACAAUUGUGUCUACAGAAAUGAGAUACACCAUUCAGUGGCGGAGCGAACACAAGUUUUGCAGGAUGUGGCUGCGGAUCCGACUCUUCCGCGCACCAAAUCAGUUCGCUGUGCUCAAUGCGGACACGGAGAAGCAGUUUUCUUCCAGGCAACUGCAAGGGGAGAAGAAGGUAUGACGUUGUUCUUUGUUUGCUGCAACCCUAACUGCGGCCAUCGUUGGAGAGAUUGAGGUCGAUCUGCUUGUGGUAAUUCCGUGUGCUGAAGUUCAGUCUUGAUGCAACUGACCAUAUCCUUGUUCUUCUUCUUUCUUUUGAUCGUCGUCCUUGUUCUUCUUAGUUGGUUACCAGCGAAAGAUGAGAACUUUUGCAUGAAUCUGUGCAAUUGCUGAAUCUCAAAUCUAACCGUUGCUAUAUUUAAUUAGCAAAACUACUCAGUCACAUUAUUCUGCAUGUACUUUUUACCGGUAAUAUUAGAGUGAUCACAUUUCGGUUCUA